GGCCGCUCCAAACCAAACCCAAGAUGAGACCAAAACCCCGAAAACCCAAACCCUAGAGCUAAAGGCGCCGCCACCCAACCCACUGGCCACUGCACCCCACCCUACCCCACCCCACACGGGCACCCGCGUGCCAAUUUGUUGCCCGCGCCACCUUCGGGUGGUUUCGUUCAAACCCAACCUAUUUUUUCGCGAACGCGCGCGUGCGGCGUUACGAGAGGAGGCGGAGAAGAUGGCUCCGUUCGGCGACGGCGGCUGGGGUGGCGACGGAGGGGAGGCGCUGCUGGGGCGGGACCCGCUGCGCAGUGGCAGCGCGCCGCCGACGAUGGAGGCCGGCGCGGAGGCAGCGGUGGCGGCGGAGAGGGUGUUUGGCAGCGUUGGUGGCGGCGCCUCGUUCUUCUCCGGUAUCGACGGGCGCGGGUUGGGCGCGAGGAUGGACGAGGUCACCAUGCGCCACGGUGCUGCCGGAGUUCAGGAACAUUUUGGCAAUUCUGCAUCUUUAUCUGUUAGACCACAUGGCCAACAGUUUAAUGGUACAGGAGACUUGGAUGAACAGCAGUUUGGACUGAGCAGAGUUCAUAGUGGUGGUGUUAUGGCAAACUACUCUGCAUCUGACAUGGGUCCCCUUUGGACAGAUAUGAAUCCAGACAAUGUUGACUAUUGCAGAAAUAUCCAGAAUCGCUCCAUGUCAAACAUUGGAAAGAUGAAUGCUUAUGGCAAUAGGGAUCUUAGUGCUUCCUACAUGUUUGAUUCUAAUCUUUUAGAUGCUUUAUCUGGGCUGAGGCUGUCUAAUAGUCUAGUAAUGGACCAAUGGAAUCAUGGGGAAGGGCAACUAGACGAAAUACUCGAGUGUCAAAGAGAUUUCUCAAAAAUUGGUGAUGAAAAUCGAUCACCUUUGGUUGGUAAUGUUUUUCGUGCAUCUAGGUCGGAUGUGCAUCCACUGCCAAUAUAUGGACAUGGCAUUUCACAGAGGCAGACCAGUGCAUUAGAUGGUUCCAAUGUUUCAAGGUUCAGUCGCCAUCACAUAAAGGGUGUUGAUCACUUAUCUUUGGCUGCUGAACGGGUAGCUGCAAUGCAAUCAGGCAACCUGCGUAGAGGAACCAAUCUUUCUCGCAAUGCGUAUAUGACUAAUAUGGUCAACCCCAUGAGCAACAGAUACUACAGUAAUACAGACUUGGAUUUGGUUAGUAGUCGAAGGGCGUUCCUUGAUGAUCUACUUGCACAACAGUAUCUGCAGGAGGAUAAUCUGUCAUAUGAUGAUAGUAGGAUCUAUCAUGGCGAGCCUCGUUUUUCCUCUUCAAGAAUGCAAAGACCUGGAUCUCAUUUUUAUCCAAAUUCGAGGAACAUUCUAUCCCAUGGUGAUCGGCAAUCACGGUUCUUCUCCCUCAAUAGAAAGGCAAUGGGUAGAAAUAUUGGAUCACAGGUCUAUCAUGACAAUGCAUUAGCAAACUACCUGGAUGUGCCUUCUUUGGAUAAUGCAGAUAGAAAUGGAGCUGAUUCAGUGGAGUUAAUUGAUGUAGUGGGCCACGUUAAGGAAGUUAGUAUGGAUCAAUAUGGAAGCCGGUUUAUUCAACAAAAACUUGAAAUUGCAUCACCGGAUGACCGGGAAAAAAUAUUUCCAGAGAUAUUAUCCAACGUCAUUGUUCUAACAACUGAUGUUUUUGGCAAUUAUGUUAUCCAGAAGUUUUUCGAGUUCGCCACAGAAAGUCAGUUAAUCCAAUUGGCAGAUCAACUCAAAGGUCGAAUUUUGGAACUUAGCCUCCAGAUGUAUGGUUGCAGGGUAGUUCAGAAGGUUUUGGAGGUAGUUGGUAUGGAUCAAAAGGUCGACAUUGUUCAUGAGCUCAAGAAUUAUAUUCUGAAAUGUAUUGGCGAUCAAAAUGGUAACCAUGUGAUUCAGAAAUGCAUUGAGUGUGUUCCUGAAGACCGCAUUCCAUUUGUUAUUGAUCCUAUACUUUCACAAAUCCUUGUUCUGUGUACCCAUCAAUAUGGCUGCAGAGUUAUUCAGAGAGUUCUGGAGCAUUGCCAUGAUCCUGUGACUCAAAGUGCUAUUAUGAAUGAAAUUAUGCAGCAGACCUUCCAUUUGACAGAUGAUAAGUUUGGGAACUAUGUUGUUCAACAUGUGUUGGAACACGGAAAGCCAGAAGAGCGUUCCGUCAUCAUUCAAAAGCUGUCUGGGCAAGUGGUCACCUUGAGCAAGCAAAAGUUUGCUUCUAAUGUCAUUGAGAAAUGUUUGGAAUUUGGAACUCCUGAAGAACGUGAUAGCCUUAUUGGGGAAAUCAUUUCUUCUGGUCAAACAUUUCAGGAGCUGAUGAAGGAUCAGUUUGGUAACUAUGUUGUACAGAAAGUCCUUGAGACAUGUGACGACAAAUACCUAGAGAUGAUCCUCUCGAGCAUCAAAUUGCACUUGAAUGAACUGAAGAACUACACGUACGGGAAGCACAUCGUAGCACGUGUGGAGAAGCUAAUCGUUACAGGAGAGAAUCGAGCAAGGAUGGCGUCCAUGAGUGGCCAGCAUCAGCAGCAGCAACCUAACAACUGUACAGCUGUAGACGAACACUAGUCCUGUGUAUGCGUUGGCGUCAAAUACGGACUGCACACUAAUCCCUUGUUAGGCAUUGGCGUCAGAUACGACGAGCAGGUGGUAUAAGUGACUCCGGAGGAAUCUGGUUUUUAAUACAUGGUUUAUUUAAUAGGGUACUUGCAGAUAACCAGGGAUUUAUGUUACCUGUAUCUAACCAGGCGUGGUGUUUUUCGGGAACUCAGGUUGUUAGAUGAGAGCAGCUGUAAAUCCUUCUGGCCAUGUACAAGUUUAUUACAGUGGAUAAUAGAUGUACAUUGUGCUGGAGCAUUAGCUUUUGGUAGUAGGUGAGAUCGGUGCUGUGUAAUAUGUUUCUGUUCCAGUGCUGUUGGUUCAAAUCGUAUGCUCGUUUUUUUCUUUCUUUCA